CCGAUGCGAGUGUUGCGCUAGUGCACGAAAUGGAGAUCAUACUUUGACCCUUCCGCAGUCCCGCCAGCUGAGAACAUAGCAACAGCCUCAACAGCCGUGGCUACCGCUGGUAGCGUGGGAUAACAUGGGAGCCUUUUUCCUUGGCACAGCCGGGAAAGCGGUGCUAGUCCUCAUGGAGCUGAACACUCCCACAGUUGCUUCCCGAAAGGUUUGCACCUCCUUGGCAUUCGCGUGGAACGCCGCACGCGCAUACACAUCUAGCGCUCCCGGAGGAGCGGACGAAGCGUAUGUGGGCGCCUACACGCCUAUCACCAGAAAGCUCUGGGUCGAGCGGGCAAGCAAGCGUGCAGGGGCUACCCCAGUACAGCAGGCAGGUGAAGGCCGGUCACCCAAGCCUAUAAGUGUGACCUACAACUUCUCCACAGACCGAGCGCUACAGGACAUGCGCAGGAACCCCUGGGGCCACCUGCGUGUGGGGAGGCUGCUGGAGGAUCUGGACUCCCUGGCAGGCAACGUAGCGUUUGAGCAUUGUCACACCGGCCGCGGCCCUCCGCUGCUGGUGACGGCGGCUGUGGACGAGAUCACGGUGCGUCACCCGCUCCAGGUGGAGCGGGAUAUCGUGGUGCACGGACAGGUGGUGUGGACGGGCAAGUCCUCCCUGGACAUACGAAUGCAGCUGUUCCAGGCGCACCACGCGCCGCAGUCUAGCCUGGAGGCGCUCUUUUCCUUCGUGCACCUGGAUCCUGUCACGGGCAAAGCGGCCCCCGUGGCCCCGCUUCGACCCGAAUCGACCUCGGACCUGGAUGUCUUCCAGCAGCGGCAAGCGGUGGCGGAUGCGCGCAGGGCUGCACGGCAGCAGGCGCAGCUGCAGCAAGGCGGCUGGGGGGAGCUGCAGACAGUGCCACCCGAGGCUCGCGAGUGGAUCCGCGCAGCGAGGCGACUGCAGGAGCUGCCCGCGCUCGCCUCCCUGGAUGCGGUGCUCAUGCCCUUCACCUGCCAGCACAACACCUUCAUUUGCCAGCCGCAGCACCGUAAUACCUCUGGUCGAGUGUUUGGCGGCUUCCUUAUGAGGCGCGCCUAUGAGCUGGCCUUCGCCACCACAUACAUGUUCGGUGGUGUACGACCCACGUUCCAGAAAGUGGACGAGAUAACAUUUACGCGGCCCGUGGACGUGGGCGACCUGCUGCGCCUCACUUCCACGGUAGCUCACGCGGCGCCUCUGGGCGAGCAGCAAGAUCGGGGCCGUGUGGUCAUCGAGGUGGAGGCGCGUGUCACGAAGCCGGAGGCCGUGGACUCGUUCGUCAGCAACACCUUCACCUUCGUAUAUGAAUUGCGGUCGCGUCCUGGCGGACAACCGCUGCGCCUUAAACGCGUGCUGCCAACGUGCGAGGAGGAAGGCUUGCGCUGUUGGCGGGCGCGGCAGCUACUGACAUGA